GAGAAAAGAAAAGAAGAAAAAUGAAUAAGCAUUAAAAGAGGAGAAAUAGAAAAGAAAGCUCCGGUCUUUUACAUCAACUAGGGUGCGAACGCGAAAUGAUAAGUGGCAUAGCGGCUAGCAACUCUAUGUAGUCAAUCUGUGGUUGGAUGGUUAGAGGGACUAUGAUAUUCUCAAUCCACCAGGAUUCAAGUUCGAGACGUUCACGUUGACGAUGAGAUGCCUACGGUGACUUCGUAAAUUUCAAGAUAAUAUGCCGGCUCAGUCUUUUGAAGAUGCUCAUAAAAAUAGAGUGUGUACAUGUUUAUAAGGGUGAGUGUCUGCGCGUGUAUAUAAGCGCUUGCGUCUGUACUGUGUUAAGAAAAAAAACUCUAUGCAGUACAGAAUCGAACCCAGGCCCUCAUUUUCUCUUACUUUUUCUAUUUCUAAACGGUUCAGCGAGCCUCGCUAAAUGCGAGAAAUAGUCCUCGCGGCCCAGUCCACAUCGAGCAGAGCCCUUCCUCCCGACACGGCGACGCCCUCGCACAGCACUGUGCCACUGCCCGACAUCGACGCCCAGCCGCCUCGCCGUCGCCGUUCCUCGCGACCUCCCCGCCGGUCGCCAGCCGGAGCCCGGAUCCCAGCCUCCCGGCGCCCGCGCCUCUCCUUCCCGCCCGGCCGGACGGCCCUCUGGUCCAGCCGCGCCUCCCUGCCCACGCCCCUCCCUGCGCGCGGCCGUGCCCCUGCCGCCGGCCGGAAGCCUGGCGCCCCUGCCCUCGCCCCCCUGCAAGUUUGGCGGCAGCCACUGCCGCUCAGUCACCACACCAGCCUCCGGAAUUGAAGACCACCCUGUCAUCCCCUCUGCAGCCGGGCUCACGGAGAAGGGCGUCACCCCGCCAUGAUCGCCGCAUCGGCGCGGCGGGUCGCUGCCGCCGCCGCUUCGUCUUCCCCGUCCGGCCAUGUCUCCCAGCUGGCCUCGACGCUGAAUCACCAGAGAUGGAUUCACGACCGGAACAAGAAGGCAAUGGAGUUGGUGGCCAAGGGUUGGAGCGCCCUACAGGAGGUCGAUCGCGUCAUCGACUUCGCCGACCGCAACGACAAGCGACUAAUCCCACUUCUCAGGGGCGCAAAGGAGAACUUUGAGCUGGCUCUAGAGAUCGACAAUAUGAAUACUCACGCGAGAUGUUGGCUGGCCAAGAUGCAUUUCAAGUACCAUGUUCCCGGGGCGUGCAAGGCAAUUGGUGCUGCUUUGCUUGUUGAAGCUGCGAACAUGGGUGAUCCAGAGGCACAGUAUGAACUUGGAUGUCGGCUAAGAGUUGAGAAUGAUCAUGUUCAGUCUGAUCAACAGGCCUUUCAUUAUAUAGAGAAAGCUGUUGACCAGUUGCAUCCUGGUGCUUUGUAUCUUCUUGGUGCUGUAUAUAUAACUGGGGAUUGCGUUAAGAGGGACAUAGCUUCAGCUAUGUGGUGUUUCCAUAGAGCUUCAGAAAAGGGACAUGCCGGAGCUGCAAUUGCAUAUGGUUCCCUUCUUCUGAAAGGUGCUGAAGUGCCUGAAGUCAUUACCAGGUUCAACUCAGGCAAGAGUCCGUCAACUGGGAAGGUGCGAAAAAGGACCAUACAGCAGGACCCAGUAAAGCUGGCAAAGGAGCAGUUCCAGAUAGCAGCUGAGUCUGGAUCUGACCUCGGUUUACGGUGGUUGAAGAGGCUUGGAGAUUACGAAAAACAGCCCGAAGAGCUAAAGCAAAUCCAGCAAUGACCUCCAGCGAAAGAAUACCGCUGCAUUCGGCAAUUAGGCCCAGUUCUUUUGAACAGAUUGUGAAGAAUCUCGUCCUGGAAAAUCCUGAGCGAAAAGAACUCGAUUUGCCUUCCAAAAUCUCGAGCGAAUUCUGCAGAAUCCUAGUGCAAUUCAAAAUCCUCGAAAAACAUAGAUUUUCACAGAAUCCCAGGAUUCUGGUAAGUCCCACCAAAGAAAACGUUUCGGAUAUGAGAGUACCCCUAUUGGAGGAAUAAUUUACAGCCAAACUGCCCCUUUUGCACGACUGAACGGCCCAGCAAACGCUCGAUCCCCACGAGCGCUAGCGGCGGCGGGAGCUCCACCAGCCCGCCACCGGCCACCCCCUGGCAGCCCAGCCUACACGCCGGUUCUCGCCUUGGGGCGGCCCCUCUCCUCACGACGGCCCGCCUCGCCGCCGCCAGAUGGGAACACCGACAGCACCCCUCCUCACGUCGCCGCCGGACGGGAGCUCCGUCAGCCUCGCUCCUCGCGACCCCGCUGGACGGGCAGCCCGCCGCCUCUGGUCGCCUCUGGCCGCCCUGCCUAGACGCCCGAUGGGAACUCUUCUUCUUUGUCUCGUCUCUCUUCUACCUCUGUAUUCUUUUCUGUUUCUCUGUUAACAUCUAGGUGAAUAGAUGGAUGGAUAGAUGCAUGUAUUGAUGAAUAAAUGGUACUGCUAAUGCAUUGAUGUAUGUUUAAAUUUGUAUCUGUCGCUUGACAAUUUCAAUUUGGUAAUUGCCAAUUUGGUACUGCUA